ACCAGCCACCGGCGCAAUGGCAGCAUGAGGAGUAAAUGGCCAAGUAUCCGCUGUGGAAACCGACCUAAACACUGGACUGGGAACCGAUAAGCAAACACAGCAAGGCGCGGUGCGUAAAAACCUCUCACGAAGCGCGAAGAACUGUGCCAGUGUCCAAAGAACCAAGAAGAUCCCGACGUCUUUUUUUCCCCUCUUUGUUUUGAUUUAUUUUCGUGUGUAUGUGAACAACGAGGAUAUCUUAAUUGGACAUGUGAGUUACGGGAGUUAACACAAGAUGAAGAUGAAGUUCUCGGCUUGCUUCCUUGUCACUUUGGUGGUGAUCCGAUCGAGUGCAGCGCAGUCAGUUUGCCCUGGUACAGAGAACAAGUUGAGCACUCUGUCUGACCUGGACCAGCAGUAUCGCACCCUGAAGAAGCUCUACGAGAACUGCGAAGUUGUCAUGGGAAAUUUAGAGAUUACGAGCAUCGAUCGGAACCGCAACCUCUCUUUUCUCAAGUCUAUCAGAGAGGUGACUGGCUACGUCUUGGUGGCACUUAAUCAGUUUGACCACCUACCGCUGGAAAAUCUACGGAUCAUCCGAGGUACCAAACUGUACGAGGGCCGGUACGCUCUGGCCAUCUUCCUCAACUACAGACGUGAUGGUUACUACGGCCUAAGGCAGCUGGGAUUACGCAGCCUCACAGAAAUUCUGAACGGAGGUGUUUAUGUUGACCAGAACAAAUUCCUAUGUCAUGCAGACACCAUCCACUGGCGUGAUAUUAUCAAGAACCCUCAGGCCGAGCUGCUAGUGGUACCGUCCAACAACAGCAACCUCGGAUGCAGACGCUGUCAUCGCACAUGUAACGGACGCUGCUGGGGCCAUCAGGAAGACCAGUGUCAAACCUUAACUGACAAAACGGUGUGUGCAGAGCAGUGUGACGGUCGAUGCUUCGGGCCUUACGUCAGUGACUGCUGCCAUCGCGAAUGUGCCGGCGGCUGCUCGGGCCCCAAGGACACAGACUGCUUUGCUUGCACCAAUUUCAACGACAGCGGAGCGUGCGUGACCCAAUGCCCUCAGCCAUUUGUGUACAACCCGACGUCUUUCCAGUUAGAGCACAAUCCCAGAGCCAAGUACACCUAUGGAGCCUUCUGCGUCAAGAAAUGUCCACAUAACUUUGUUGUGGACCACAGCUCCUGUGUUAGAGCAUGUCCCAGCAACAAGAUGGAAGUGGAGGAGAACCGAAUCAAAAUGUGCAUCCCUUGUACCGAUAUCUGUCCCAAAGUGUGUGAUGGCAUAGGGACGGGGAGUCUGCAGGCAGCUCAAACAGUGGAUGCCAGCAAUAUCGAUAAGUUUGUCAAUUGCACCAAAAUCAAUGGCAACCUCAUCUUCCUCAUUACUGGCAUUAAAGGGGACAUGUAUCAUGGUAUUGGACCUUUGGACCCCGAGCGUCUUAAUGUUUUCCGCACUGUGAAGGAGAUCACAGGCUUUCUCAACAUCCAGUCUUGGCCUGAAAACAUGACAGAUCUGAGUGUUUUUUCAAGCCUGGCAACCAUCGGAGGCAGAUCUCUUUACAGCGGAAGCGGCAUUUCUCUUUUGAUCCUGAAGCAGAGUUGGAUCUCUUCUCUACAGUUUCAGUCGUUAGAUGAGAUCAGUGCCGGAAACGUCUACAUCUCCAACAACAGCCGCCUCUGCUUCUACAACACCGUCAACUGGACAUCGCUUUUCAGAACCCCAAGCCAAAAAGUCCUCAUACGCAACAACCGAGAUCCAAGGGAGUGCACUCAGCAGCGAAUGAUAUGUGAUCGGAUGUGUUCAGACGAUGGGUGCUGGGGCCCAGGGCCGGACCAGUGUCUCUCCUGCCGAUUUUUCAGACGAGGUCGCACCUGUGUCGAGUCCUGCAACCUCUUUGAUGGGGAAGUGCGUGAAUUUGCCAACGGAUCUAUGUGCCUUGAGUGUGAUAGCCAGUGUGAGAAGAUGGAUGGAAACAGUAUGACUUGUCUUGGCCAGGGCCCGGACCAAUGUGUAAAAUGCCUCCACUUCAAAGAUGGACCCAACUGCGUAGAGAAGUGCCCCGAUGGGUUACAGGGAGCCAACAGUUUCAUCUUCAAAUAUGCCAAGGCCAACAACGAGUGUCAUCCCUGCCAUGCCAAUUGCACCCAAGGGUGCAUCGGGCCAAGACUCCAAGAUUGUGUGGGGAUGAUGGACAGGACACCCCUAAUAGCAGCUGGUAUUAUCGGCGGCCUAUUCAUCAUCGUCAUUCUAGCUCUCAGCGUGGCCGUUUAUGUGCGACGCAAAAGCAUCAAGAAGAAGAGGGCCUUGCGGCGCUUUUUGGAGACAGAGCUGGUGGAACCCUUGACCCCUAGUGGAACAGCCCCCAACCAAGCUCAGCUGCGGAUCCUGAAAGAGACGGAGCUGAAGAGGGUCAAGAUUCUGGGUUCAGGAGCAUUUGGAACAGUCUACAAGGGCAUCUGGGUCCCAGAAGGUGAGACAGUGAAGAUCCCUGUGGCUAUAAAAAUCCUCAACGAGGCCACCGGUCCGAAAGCCAAUGUGGAGUUCAUGGACGAGGCCCUGAUCAUGGCCAGCAUGGAACACCCCCACUUAGUGCGUCUGCUGGGUGUCUGUCUGAGCCCUACCAUUCAGCUGGUCACCCAGCUCAUGCCCCACGGCUGCCUCCUUGACUACGUGCACGAGCACAAGGACAACAUUGGAUCACAGCUGCUGCUCAACUGGUGUGUCCAAAUCGCCAAGGGGAUGAUGUACUUGGAGGAGAGGAGGCUGGUCCACAGGGAUCUGGCGGCUCGGAACGUCCUGGUAAAGUCUCCUAAUCACAUCAAGAUCACCGACUUCGGCCUGGCACGGCUGCUAGACGCUGAUGAGAAGGAAUACAACGCAGACGGGGGCAAGAUGCCCAUUAAAUGGAUGGCCCUGGAGUGCAUCCACUACAGGAAGUUCACCCAUCAGAGUGACGUGUGGAGCUAUGGAGUGACCAUCUGGGAGCUGAUGACAUUCGGAGGCAAACCCUAUGACGGCAUCCCCACACGAGAGAUACCAGACAUCCUGGAGAAAGGGGAGCGCCUGCCCCAGCCGCCCAUUUGCACCAUCGAUGUCUACAUGGUCAUGGUCAAAUGCUGGAUGAUUGAUGCAGACAGCAGGCCAAAGUUCAAGGAGCUGGCUGCUGAGUUCUGCAGAAUGGCCCGUGACCCCCAACGAUACCUGGUUAUUCAGGGAGAUGACCGUAUGAAGCUGCCCAGCCCCAAUGACAGCAAGUUCUUCCAGAGCCUGCUGGAUGAAGAGGACCUUGAUGACUUGAUGGAUGCUGAGGAGUAUCUGGUCCCUCGAGGUUUCAACAUGGCUUCUCAGUCAUGCACAGCCAGGCCUCGAGUUGACUCCAACCGAAAUCAAUUUGGCUAUCGAGAUGGUGGUCCAAACCUUGCAGAAGGACCCCUGGCGAGUGCCCAAGCCUGCCUGAACCAGGAAGUCACAGGUGGCCCAGGUCCGACUCUGGAGGACCAGCGCUGUAAUGGAAGCCUGCAUAAGAAGAGCCUGAGUCAAGCUGGAGGGGAAGACAGUGGAGGGCAGAGGUACAGCGCUGACCCUACCAUCUUCCUUGGGGAGAGAGCACCCAGAGGGGACACUGACGAAGACGGAUACAUGACACCCAUGAAGGACAAGAGCUCCUCAGAAUAUCUGAAUCCCAUUGAGGAGAACCCGUUUGUCUCCCGACGCAAAAACGGUGAGAUCCACGCCUUGGACAACCCAGGCUACCACAGCACACCCAACAGUCAACCCAAAGGAGAGGAUGAGUAUAUCAAUGAACCCCUCUACCUCAACACCUUCCACAGCCCUGCUGAGCUGGGCCUGGAAGCCCUGAGGAGAAAUGGUCUGCCCUUGCCCACCCAGGUUCCUUCUUCCAUCUCCAGCACAACCUCAGGCUCCCACCUCCCACUUACUAUCCAGACCAGCCUGCCCCACUACUCCCUCCCCACAGCCCAACCAUCUCCAUCUGGCAUGCCCUGCCACCAUGGACCACCGACUCACAUCCUCCACGCCCACCACACCAUCAAACCUGCAGGACAACCUGGCAAUCCAGGUGGCGUCUCUCUCUCUCAGAUCCAAACAGGAACUACUGCUCAAGUCCAGGUGAGCCAGUCAGGUGCCCUGUCUACUUUGGCUGCCAUCGGGCACGGCAGCCUGCCAGCCUACCAGAGCCAUGCCACCACACAUCCCGCCAGUAUGCUGAAACAUGGAGGGCAGAUGUCAGGUAAAGCCAGUGGGAAGAAGCUGAAGGUGACCUUUGACAAUCCAGAAUACUGGCAGCACAGCUUGCCUCCCAAAUCAUCUAAUCAGGGGGCCCCUGAUGGCGCCCAAGGUUCGUCCACCAACCCCAAGCUCUUCUAUAAGCAAAAUGGACACAUACGGCCGGCAGUAGCUGAAAACCCUGAAUACAUGUCUGAAUUUUCCCUGAAAUCUGGCACCGUCUUGCCACCUCCACCUUACAGGCAGCGAAACACUGUGGUCUAGAACUUUCCACUUGAGAAAUGUUUCCCAAUCCUCCAACCAGCCCCACAUCCUCUCUGGUUCCACUGUCCCACACUGAAGAAAGCGGCCACAACCAAAGCCACCUCCAGCUCUUUUCAAAUAACGUGCCAUCUGUUGUAGACUGUAGCAAAACCCAGUGGAGGUGGUCCAACCAAGCAAAACCUACUCAGACUCUCACACCUUCGCUAUAUCCAGUCCAGUCCAUUUCUGUUCUGUAGAUAGAGACUGUGCUCCAAGUCAUUGAUAAUGUGGAGGUAAUGGCAGAUUUGGGCAAAUAACGGAGAAGUGACUGUCACAUAGCAGUGUACUAUGUUACCCAAGGAACACAGACAACUCUUAAACACAAUGGAUUCAAUUUAGGGGACCUGAAUUCACUGCCAGCCACUUCCGUGUCAGAUUUGUGAGAGGAACAAGAUCUUUUAAUUAUUUUUUGUUUUCCAGGACAGAGGUCUGAACAAUAUUCUGCUAAGGGUUUUGGGAAUAAGCAAAUAGACUGAACAAAUACGGUCUGUUAGAUGUCAAGAUGUCUGGUGUUGUGAAUGACCUGAGAGUGAGUGAAGUGAAAAGGCAAAAUAUGGAGGAAAAAGACUGAGUUUAGUUCAGUCAGUAGAGUAAGCAAGACGGAGCACCUAUCAAUCAUAUUCAGUGUUUUUGCCUAUAGGAUUAUACCGUGUGUUCUCGACUUUUCCAUUGAAUAUGUAAAACGCAUCUCAUCCUUAUACUGUAACUGUGAUACUGUGAUGGCCAAAACUACGGUGAUCUCUUGUUUCACGUUUGUAGUUCAACCAUGGACUUUUUAACUUGCCUGCAAAUAUGUAGGGCAAAUGCUGUUUUAUUGUUUUUGCUCAUCUGCUGUCUACUUGGAGAGGCUGAUCAGAAGCAGCCUGUCCAAAACAAAGGGUAUAGGGAAAAACACACUGUAAACGUUUUAUGAGCACUGGUUGCAGUGUUGACAAAGUUAGAUUUUUGUACACUGGUUUUCCCAUUCACAUCAUGAAGCUAACUUAAAUGGGUAAAGAAUGACUUGCUAUGAGAGUGAGAAUGUAGUUAUGGAAAUUGCUGUAUACUGAAAAAAAACCCCGAUAAGAUCAGCCAUAAAACGGCUCAACUCAAAAUGGUGAUCACAGAGAUGGAGUGGGCUAAAGAGAGGAAAGAAAAUCGAGAACGAGGGGAGCAGAAGUUCAUACAAGCCGGCUAAUGAAGACCUCAAGGAAUGAACAAGACAGCACCAGCAGAGCACAGUGAACAGACUACUUUUUAUGUGUGUCUGUGUUUAUGUCCGUGUGAUUGGGAUCAGUGGGUGUGCAUGUGUUCAGAUUUUAAGCCGCCAACUUGACCCCAUAGGGAUGUUGAUGGAAUCGACCCUUCAGUACCACCGCUAACCAACCAUACGCUUAAAUGAGGUUUUUACCACAUGACUGCACUGACACCCCUUCUCUACCCAAGCAGUUUUAGGGCUGGUUUGGAGCUGGCAUCGGUGCGGCACGAAUACUUUGCCGAUCUAAAACCACCAACCACUAACCUUAGGGGCUGAGAUUAUCGUACCAACAAGUCCAACUAAAACUUUGCAACUUCCAGAUUUGAAAAAUAUGUCCUAGUCUGCAUAAUCCAGGAGCUUUCUGUGAGUAGGGCUACAAUCAACAUAUUAAUCUGUUGAUUGAUCGAUUAGUUGUUUGCACUAUAAAAUAUGAAAAAUAUUGGGUAAUAUGUCCCAGUCUUUCUUAGAGCCAAAGAUGUUGUCCUGAAAAAUCUGCUUAAACUGCAGUCCUAAAAUUUUAACUUUUCAUAUCAAAAAAAUACACAGACCAAAUAAUUGACUAAUUUAAUUGACAACUAAUCGAUUAAUCUUUGCAGCUCUAUCCAUAGGAGUGAGAAACUGUCUGCUGUGUCACUCUGGACCUCAACAGAUGUCCAGAAUCAACUGAGGGAGUUUUGAUUAAAAAAAUUGAUUUUCAUCAAAGGAUUGAAAGUUAAACUAGCUCAGAAGUAGCACCUGCUUGAUUAUGGUGGAAAAGGGGUAUGAGUUGCCCAACGGUAGCAAAUGGCACCAAUUGUUUCUUUAUUUUCGAGGGUUCGCAGCUUUGUUGCCAUUCUCCAAAUGGGUUGAUAAAGUCGGAAACUCAAAGUUUUCUAUAGAAUCUGUUGAUGCACACAAAAUUAUGGUUUGGACAAAUUAAUACAUUUAGAAAAACAGAAUUUUUCUCUGUCACCUUGUUAGUUUAUACUUGCCAUGACCGUUUUGAUAGCUUGUACCUCAUUAACACUGAUAGUCAUAUUUAUAGGGGAUUGAGGUAGUUGUUUCCUCCUGAACUGUGCUCCCAAACAUUUUUGUUUUUCCGCCUCAUCAUGUUCUUGCAGCCAUUCCAAUGCAAUUUGUUCUCAAUUCAUCAGUGGCAGUUUCUAAAUCAUUCGCCAGUUGCUAGUUUGACAACCCAACAGUGAUGAUUUAUUUGACAAAUAACUACCACUAGACAACUAAUUACCAAGUCAGAUCAACACUGCAUCAGUUUUCUCUCUUUAGACUUACUUUGUCUGGCUAUAGUUAGCAGCAAUAGUGAUGCCAGUUUUUAAUUGUUUCAAAUUUUAAGGAUUUUCUUGUCUACAAGUUGCAUUUUCACAUACUACUAACGCAACAUCCUUGUCUCCUGAAAUAUAUAUUUUUCAUCAACAGAAUGAGAAUAUGUUAAUUAACUUAGAGUAACAUGUAGAUACUUAAUAACCUAUCAGUAAACCUGAUGGCAUCUAAUAAUUUUUUUCCCUGUUAAAAGGGUGUUUUCCUUGCGACUGUCGCCUUUGGGCUUGCUCUGGGGGUCAGGCAUAUGGGUUCUGUAAAGCGUCUUGAGACAAUUUGACUGUAAUUGACGCUAUAUAAAUAAAAUUGAAUUGAAUUGAAUUAAUACCAGAAUAUCCUGUCAUAUACCUGACAUUACAGCAUUAAGGUUAUUUGUAGGCAUUGGCAGAAUGCGGUUAAGGAUAGGAAAGGAUCGUGGCUUAAUACAAAAAGGAGAUUGGCAAAGCUUGCAGGCCUUUCGAAUGCACAAACUCUGAAAAAGAUUCAGACAACAGUUGCACUUUUGGAAAUAAUGCGUUGCUUGCUAUUUUUUAGGACAGUGUUGAGCCUCCACAUUCAGUAAAUGUUGUCCUAGUUGUUGUCUUUUCACAGUUACCAAUUUGCUUUUGCAAUAGUUUGUUGUUGAGUUACCUAAAGCCCAACUUCUAAUAUCGGCCAGCAUGCCAAUAUACAGCAUAAAGUAAAUUCUAAAGUUGUGAUAUUGUUUUUUAAAUGCAACUGUAACUUGUUCGUUUGCAUUUUCAUCAAUGUGGAAUUAUAAUGAGCUCAUGUAGAGUCUAGCCACUGUUCGACUAUUGCUGCAUUCGAUAUUUUCUGUAAGUGGAAAACUGGAACUUGAAAUUAUUUUGACAUCCAGCCGUUGCUUUUUUUAUUAUCAUUAUUUUGAUUUAUUUGACACAAACAUUAGUACGGUGGAAGACCAUGCUGGUGCCAGAUGCCAGAACGCUCUUACAUCGCAGUGGUGUUACUAUCAUACCCAUAUACAUCUUUGAAAGUUUGAAGCAAUGUAGUUGUAUGGUUUUUCUACAGCGGUCAAAAGCACAAGUUCAAACCACUGCGCCAAAGCUGAGAACAGGGUUUGCAAGAAAUAGUGUAAAUUCUUCUUAACGAUGAGUCUGAAUGAGUAUAUGUUUCACAGAUUUCCACUCAAGCACAGGGGCUAGGGAAGGUAGACCAUUCACUUUUAAUCGGAUGCGGUUAAUGUUCUUUUUACAUUCUUUUACACACUUAAUGAUGUAGACAAGUCCUAAACACUUGACCCUGUAGCAUCAAUGGCUUUGCACAUUUCCAGACAAUUUACAACAGUUCAUGGCAUGUUGAGCCAUUUUCAACCCUUAAUAAAAUGCAUCCUUUUUUGAAAUACCAUCAUAAAAACUACCAACAGUAGCUGCAAAAUAAACAGCAUAUAUUGUUCCUGCUUGCAGUGAAAUCAUGUAGUAUCUGAACUUUAUCAGAUAGUGAAGUUUAAGUGAGUUGUGAUGCUGUUGAUGCAUUUUCAAGCAAAACUACUCACCAGUAGAACAUUGAAUGCCCCUUUAGUCUCAAUACAAUAGUCAUAGCACUCACUACUGAUGCUUCUGCAGGCCUACUGCCAGUCAGUGCUGCUAGAAGCACUGGUGUUAGUCGUUAUUUCUUCCACCAAGCCAUACAGAACACUUCUGGUUGGGAAAACUCCUCAAAGGCAAAAUUUGUGUAAUGUUGGCUUGUUUCAGAGCUCCUCUUGCAAUAUUUCACAUCUUCGAUGAAUCUGAAAGCCUCAGAUGUCAAGAGUGACAUUUUUGCCAGUCUUUAUUUGUGAAGGAUGCAUAUUGCUUUGUCACUAUUUCAACAACUUUUCGUCAUUAUGCUGCAGCAGAGCGCUGUGUGAGCGGUUUUCUUGUGUAGGUUAUUUAUUUUGUGUAUUUAAAUGUGUGUGAAAGUGUUCGUCUGAGUCUAUGCACAUGUAAAGCUGUAUAUGUUUGUCCUCCCCAUGGAGCACUUUGAUCAAAGUCGCGGGUAGAGAGAAAGGAUUUCCAUCCUUCAUUACUGAAAAACUCAACUUGUUUAUCUGGUUGUGUAUCACUUCAGAGAGCAAAAGCUCGAGCAAAAGACCGACAAAGGUGCUGCAGCCAAGAGUUCACGGCAAAAACACGUUUUAGGUGGUACAGAUCAGCUUCAAGAAUGUCCUUGUUUCCAUGUUUUUUGUUUGUUUCGAACAGUAUUUAUACUGCUGCUUUGAUGAUAUCAUGAUUAAUUGAUUAAGGAGUAUUUUGUAGUCCCUUUUAGACCUCUAAUUCAAUGAAAUGGAGACAGCAUUUAAUAUCAAUGUGAAAUAUUUAUAACGUGUUUGAGCUUGUUUAUACUGAGCGAUGGAAGCGACUGCCAAAUCUGGGUUUCAAGAAAAAAAAAGAGAAAAGGACGAUGGUGGGGAAAAAGCAAAACACAUGCCUUGGUUUCUGUCUCAUUCGCCCUAAAUUAUACUGCAGACCGAGGCAAAAUAUGUGUUUGAAUCAAGAAUAGAUUAAACUGAAACACUGAUGAGACGAAUGACCUCAGAUGUUUUUAAGAGCACUUCAGGGUGCUGAAGGAACUCUCAGUCUCACCUUCUACCCACUUUUUGUCUACAGAGUUCACCAACAGAAAGGAAGAAAAACACUCCUAUACCUUAAGAUCCACAUUUUUCAGAUCCUGUCAUCCAUAGUCCUUGGUUUCCUUUUUACCAAAAUGUGCUUUUGUAGACACACUUAUUUCUCCUGUCCGCUGAAUAACAUCUCAUUUCUUGUUUCAAACAUAUUUUUGCCUUGGUUUGGGGGCUGUGUUACCUGCUGCUAUUUGUCUCAGCCAUAAACGCCCUUGUGAUUCGUGGCUGUUCAAACCACGUCACAGCAACACUGGUGUUUAAGACUGAUCUCGUCAGAUCAUUUUACUGUUUCCUCGAAGCCAAGGUGCAAAGGCAUGUAGCCAUGUACUGAAGUAAAUCCUUCAAAAUGUCAUCCUCUGCAGUUAUCUAUCAUACAGGCUGCAGCACCAACCACUGUAUAGUUAAUAUUACAUUGCAUGGUACCCAAAGUGAGUGUUUUACUGCCCUCCACCUUUGUAUCUCUUCUAUGAUAUAUUCAAAUUUCUGUCCGGAUAUUUUUUACCAAGUUUAGUAGCACAAAAUCCUGGGAAUCCUUAUUUCUGAAAACUUUCAUGGGAUUUUUUUUUUGCGUGUAUAUGUGUGUGUUGUACUCCUAUAUAGUCUUUUUGAUAUUGAGUUUGGUCCAUAUUAUCAAAGAUGUACUUCUUUCCACUUAUGCGUCGGCUACUGUACAUUAUUUAACAUGUUUGUAAUUCUAGCUACAAUUUUUAAUUGCACAAAUCAUCAUUUUCUGCGUUUAAGUUAUCAGAUCAGUAUAACUGUACAGAAUCUUUGGGGUUUCCUCCAAAAUUUAUCUAACACACUUCAAACAAUAAAUGUGAAUAGUAUUUUUAUAAAGCACUGAAAUGGCGAACGUGGGGAAAUCUGUAAAUAGGGAGGCAAUGCUUUGAAUUUAUAUUGGUCUUCUCUCCUACUGCUGUUUUUCUCCUGCUUAUAACAACUUGUACAAAAAGAGCCGUACAUAUUUGCUUUAUGUGAGUGUACCUUUUGACUAAUGGGGAUUUGAUUUUAAAAGUGCUUGUUGACCCUUUCUCAUGUGAAAACUCUGUUCAGUGACCCCGCUUUUUUUUCCCCCCAGACCUUCGUGGCUGUCCUCAUGUAACGUUUCAGUUAAAGUGAACACUGUAAAACUCUAUAGAAGUGGUGGUGAGUGGGGACAAAGGGGUCUCUGUUUCACUUUCCCCAUGCUUGCUGUAUUUCAUUUCUCUCAGUAAUAAGAACACAACCAAACAAGUGAACAAUACAAUUUUUUCCUCCAUUUUGGUCCCUCUUUAUAAUUGUCAAAAAACUGAAACUAUUCUGCCAACUAACUUUGAUAAAUUAUAUUUGGGAGUCAGUGUUACCUUCUCACUUACUUUCUACUGGAAAUAUUACUGAGCCUAGUCUAACCACUUCUUUCCUGAAAGGCAGAGCACAGCCCUCACCAUACAAUCUGUUUUGCAUGCUUUUAGAGGAGAUAUCAUGGAGAGAAGGCAUCAUCAGUUACUCCUCCCCACCUAUGUUAGCUUCCCGUGUCGUUUUAUCCAAUGCGGUCAUUGUUGACUAUCUCACUGAGUACUUUGAAACCAUACCCAAAGCUUUAUAUCAUAGAAAUACUGUUCCUCAUGUUUGUUACAUGAAUCUGUCAAAAGUAUAUUUUUAAUUUAAUAUAAAUAAAGAUUGAUUCAGUAUA